AUGGGAAUAGCGGUUUCAAAAAUUUAUAGUAGUAAAUAUUUCAAGGAUGAUCAAAAAUCAAAAAAUAAUCCAAUGUCUCAAACGAGUUCAUCAUCGACACCGAUAACAGAGAGUUUCUUCAAUCCGCAACAGCUUAUAGCAAAACUCGAGAUGAAAAGAACAUGUUCGAAGAGCAAAAAGAAAACGAUACAAGACGAAUCGACCUUUAACACUGUUUACGCGCCCAUUCAUGAAACAUUGAAAGAAGGGGCGCUCGCCUUAGACGUAGGAUGUGGGAUGCACGGAACGUGGCUUACCGAUAUGGCUAAUCAUUAUCCACGAUCUCUAUUCACAGGAAUCGACAAACAACCGUUACAAGAUUGUACACUACCGCCUAAUGCAAUUUUUAGUCACGCUAAUCUUUUAGACGGCAUAACUUUUCCUAAAGACACUUUUUCAUACGUGCAUUCGCGAUUCUGGGUCGCCUAUUUGAAUAAUGAAGAAUGGAAGCUUUUGGUAGGUGAGAUUAUUCGUGUUACUAGACCUGGUGGGUAUAUUGAGAUAAUUGAAUUGGAUGUUAUGACCAAGGAUGCUGGAAAACAGACAUCAUAUUUGAAUAAUUCAUUCCUCGCAAUGCUUGAUGCACGAGGCAUCGGAUUAAUGACAGAUCAAAUCGAAAAGAUCUUAUUAGAUUCCGAAAAAGUUGAGAUUGUAAGCAAUGAAGCUCAAUCACUACCAAUAGGAAAAUGUGCAGAAACUUCAGGCGACAUGUCUUUUCAAGAUAUGGAACAAGGGUAUAUUGCGAUUAAGCCAUACCUUUGUCCUUACAUGAAAAUUAGUGAAGAUGAUUACGAUAGUCUUGUAGCGCUUGCCAGAUACGAAGCUCGAAAUAUGAAGGCUACUAUUCCGGCUCGUCAUAUUAUUGCAAGAAAACUUGUUUCGCCUAAUUUUGUCACUGACCCAGUUGGUUGGCCUUUAAUAUACAAAGAGUCGUCGGUAUCUGCUUUUAAUUUGAAUAAUGUUCAAUAA